UUAUAAACUAGGUCUACGAAGCGAAGAGUCAUUCUAGUGUAAACUUCCACUAAGAACAAGUCAAGAUGGUCUUCAAAGUUGUGAUCUUCUGCGCUUUUGCUCUCCUUGUCCAGACUAUCUCUGGUCAGAGAUGUGGCUGCUCAAGUAGCGGCUCUAAGGGCUCCAGCAGCUCCAGGGGCUCCAGCAGCUCCGUCAGCUCCAACUCCAUCGCCAUCCAAACUAGCGGCGGCGACCUCCUCGUCACCAGCGUCGGCCCGAUCUCCCCCUCCGGCAUCGCGGUCUCCUCCGAACUCGGCCUGAGCGGAAACUUGGACGUUAACGGAGAACUGCCGUUCCUGAGUGCCGUGGAGUUCGCGGGCGAAUACGACACUAAAGGGUCUGGCUGCGUCGACUACAGCUGCGGCAGCUGCGGGAACGUAGCCAUCACCAGCGUGCAGGGCGGCUCCGGCUGCGGCUGCGGCUGCGGGCGCUAAGAGCACGCAUAUCGUCCGAUAUUUUUCAUUUAGUAAUUUAUCGGACUUAAAUUUGAAAUCGCCCUACGCUGUGACAAAAUAAAAUAUAUAAGCAUACCUACAUUUCGUUUUGCUACUAGUAUCAGUGCAUCUUUUCUGGUAUCCUUAUUCACCAUUAGGUAGCUACGCAACGUAACCUAGAGAUCGUUGUCUCUUGCCGACACAUAUAAUUUCGUAAAACUUGAUAAUUUAAUUUACAUAGUGUAUCUACGUCACUCUUAUACACUGCAAAACAAACUGGCCAUGCAACGUCGAAGUCAUUUGUUGAUAUUAUUAAAAUGUUUUAAUUCUUUCUUCA